AUGUCUUUUAAAGCCAAUCAACUGGUAAUAAACCGAGUGGCCAACCCACCACCACUUCCUUCACUGAAGGGAGUGGCAUUCGGGACUAUCUUCACACCGCACAUGGUCCAGAUCGUAACAGAGUCCACCACACAAUGGGGAGCUCCGAAGAUUGUGCCUUUUCAGAACUUCUCCAUGGCUCCACAAACCGCAUGUCUUCACUAUGGACUCCAGUGCUUUGAAGGAAUGAAGGCCUAUCGUGAUGCCGCCGGUAAUGUUAGACUUUUUCGACCAGAACGCAAUUGUGAGCGUAUGUUGGCAAGUAUGCGUCGUCUUUGUUUUCCGGAUUUUGACACUAAAGAACUACUGAAAAUUCUAGAGGAAUUUGUAAAAGUAGAAAAGGAUUAUGUUCCCACGGAACGUGGUUACUCCCUCUAUUUACGACCAGCGGCAAUUGGAAUAGAUGAAGUGCUCUCCGCUUCCUCUCCAACCUCUGUGAUGUUAUUUAUUAUUGCUUCUCCUGUUGGCCCUUACUACGCCUCUGGGAUGAAGCCUGUAAAGUUAUUGGUGGAAGAAGAACGUAAACGUGCGUGGCCGGGUGGAACAGGAAAUGUCAAACUCGGUGCAAACUACGCAGCUCCCAUGCUUGUACAGAAGGAAGCGGCAGCUCGUGGAUAUCAACAAGUAUUAUGGCUUGGCCCAAAGGAUGAAGUGCAGGAAGUGGGGGCGAUGAAUUUCUUUUGUCUUUGGCAGCCAAAUAAGAAUAACGCCGAGUUGGAACUCAUCACUGCCCCACUCGACGGCACUGUUCUCCCAGGCAUUACACGAGAUUCCAUUCUCAGUCUCGCACGGCAAUGGGGUGAGGUGCGGGUGUCGGAGCGGACCUUCACAAUUCAAGAGUUAGUCACCGCCCUGCAGGAGAAACGAGUGAAGGAGUGUUUUGGCUGCGGCACUGCCGCGAUCGUCACUCCCGUGGAGGGAUUACAUUUCAAUCAUGUCGAUUAUCAAGUGCCGUGUCCAGAGGCGGAGAAGUCUCUCACACACCGUAUAUUAAAUGCGAUUAUGGAUAUUCAGUAUGGAGUGGUGAAACAUGAAUGGUCUCAUGUGAUUAACAUGUAG